GAUUAUGUCUACUUUGAGAAUUCCUCUAGCAACCCAUACCUAAUCAGGAGGAUAGAAGAACUCAACAAGACCGCAACUGGCAACGUGGAAGCAAAAGUAGUGUGCUUUUAUAGACGACGAGAUAUUUCCAACACGCUUAUAAUGCUUGCAGACAAGCAUGCUAAAGAAAUUGAGGAAGAAUCUGAAACUACUGUUGAGGCCGACUUGACUGAUAAACAGAAACAUCAGUUGAAACAUAGGGAACUCUUUUUGUCACGUCAAUAUGAAUCUCUGCCUGCAACACAUAUCAGGGGAAAAUGCAGUGUUGCCCUUCUCAAUGAGACAGAGUCAGUAUUGUCAUAUCUUGAUAAAGAGGAUACUUUUUUCUACUCAUUGGUCUAUGACCCCUCAGUGAAAACACUAUUAGCUGACAAAGGUGAAAUCAGAGUGGGACCUAGAUAUCAAGCAGACAUUCCAGAAAUGCUCUUAGAAGGAGAAUCAGAUGAGAGGGAGCAGUCAAAAUUGGAAGUUAAAGUGUGGGACCCAAAUAGUCCACUUACAGAUCGACAGAUUGACCAGUUUUUAGUUGUAGCACGUGCUGUUGGGACAUUCGCUCGAGCCCUUGAUUGCAGCAGUUCUGUAAGGCAGCCUAGUUUGCAUAUGAGUGCGGCUGCAGCUUCUCGAGACAUUACCCUGUUUCAUGCUAUGGAUACAUUGUAUAGACACAGUUAUGAUUUGAGCAGUGCAAUUAGUGUCUUAGUGCCACUUGGAGGACCUGUUUUAUGCAGAGAUGAAAUGGAAGAAUGGUCAGCCUCCGAAGCUAGUUUAUUUGAAGAGGCACUAGAAAAAUAUGGCAAAGACUUCAACGAUAUACGUCAAGACUUUCUUCCUUGGAAAUCAUUGACUAGCAUCAUUGAAUAUUAUUACAUGUGGAAAACUACUGACAGAUACGUGCAGCAGAAACGUCUAAAAGCAGCAGAAGCUGAGAGUAAACUGAAACAAGUGUAUAUCCCAACUUACAGCAAACCAAAUCCUAACCAAAUAUCCACCAGCAAUGGCAAACCUGGUGCUGUGAAUGGAGCCGUGGGGACCACAUUCCAGCCACAGAAUCCCCUCUUAGGGAGAGCCUGUGAAAGCUGCUAUGCUACACAGUCUCAUCAGUGGUAUUCUUGGGGCCCACCUAAUAUGCAGUGUAGAUUAUGUGCAACCUGUUGGCUCUAUUGGAAAAAAUACGGAGGCCUGAAAAUGCCCACCCAGUCAGAAGAAGAGAAGUUAUCUCCCAGCCCAGCUGCAGAGGACCCCCGUGUUAGAAGCCACAUGUCUCGCCAGGCCAUGCAGGGGAUGCCGGUCCGAAACACUGGGAGCCCAAAGUCUGCAGUGAAGACGCGUCAAGCUUUCUUCCUUCACACUACAUAUUUCACAAAAUUUGCUCGUCAGGUCUGCAAAAAUACCCUCCGGCUGCGGCAGGCAGCAAGACGGCCGUUUGUUCCUAUUAAUUAUGCUGCCAUUAGGGCAGAAUGUAAGAUGCUUUUAAAUUCUUAACCUUACGUGUUGUGCUUUUGACCAUUUUUUCUUUCCCUCUCUCUUUUUUGUUUUGUUUUGGUUUUGUUUGCAAUAAACAUAAGUUCUUGUGUACAGCCUU